CCUCAGAAACUGCCAUUUUCUGACUUCGGUCAUGGCCACUUCCUCGAUCGCCCUGGCAGGUGCCUCCGCUAUGGCCGCUGUGGAGGAGCCAACUGCUGUGGAGGAGCCAAAAGCUGUGGACAAGCAAGACUCUGAUACAUCUAAGAAGGCUGUCAAGGUCCGAAAGCCUAAAAAAGUCACCUCAGAGAAGGAGAAGCAGCCAGAGAAGUGUCGUCGCUCUCUCCGCCUUCUCCAGCGCCAACGUAUGAAGGAAAAUGAGCGCCGAGCUGCCCGCCUCUUGAGACGCCGUAGGAACAGCUUCGCCAUUUAUUUUCCCAAGGUGCUAAGAAGAGUCCAUGUGGGCUUCACCCUUUCGGAGCAGUCCGUGCGCAUCUUGGAUUCGUUUGUGAAGGAUAUGUUUGAAAGAAUCGCCAAUGAAGCAAGCAACUUGGCCCGUCAAAACAAAAGCUCGACGAUCAACUCUAGAGAGAUCCAGACUGCUGUGCGUCUUCUGCUUCCUGGCAAGAUCUGCAAGCAAGCAGUGUCUGAAGGCACCAUGGCCCUGGUCCGGUACAUCUCUAGCAAGUGAAUGGCUUUGACUUUCAACAAAACCCAAAGGCUCUUUUCAGAGCCACCACUUCUCCUAAGAGAGCUGUAGCAUCAGCUCAAUUUUGACCUUAGGGAGGCCCCACCCGCACCCCCUGCCCCU